AUAUUUUUGAAAUAAAAAUACUAAGGUUUAGCAGAAUGAACAAUAGAACCAAUAAGAGUAUCACCAAGCUAUGGAUGGAAGACCGUGAACAUGCUCUCCAUCGAUACAGGCUUCACAAUGUGAAAUCCUCAGUCGAUACAAGACCCCCAAAGAAGCCUGCUUUCAUGAGAAAAUAAUCUGAAGAAAAAGAUGAAGAAGAAGGAAGCCAAGGAUGAAAUUAGGAGACGGAACGAGCUUUUACUUGACAAAUUAUACUAUAUCGAUAGACUUCCUGGAAAACUCCAUCCCUUCACAUUAAGCAUUGAUAGACCUCCCAGUGCUUACUCCUUGAACAGGCAUAAUAGAGAGCAGGAGCUAGAUAGGAUUGACAGAGAGAAUAUUAAAAUGUUGAACAAAAUACAGCAUGCUUCUACCAAGUAUUCCAUCGAGGAUCUCAUGUCUGAUAGAUAUUAGUAAUCUAACAAUGCUUUCUUUACUAAUAAAUUGGUCUAUAACUAAGAUAUCCUUUGUUUUCUUAC